CGUACCCAUCAUGGCCCCUGAGCAGCAGCUGAUCAGACGGACCGCCGCUCCGCCAUCCUCCUCCACCCUGCCCGUCAGUGCCAGACACCGGCACCGGUAAAGGGGCUCCAUGUCUCCGGCGUCCUCCGUCAGGCAUCUGAGCAGGAGGGCUGCGCACCAGCCGGACAGAGCCAUGAAUAAGGAUUAUACUACUAAUCUAUCGGUACAGCAGGUGCUCAGCCUUUGGGUCCACGGCACGGUACCGACCCUCCAGCACUUCACAGAGAUGUGGUACUGGGUGUUCCUGUGGUGUCUCUUCUCGUCUCUGUUCGUUCACAGCGCCGUUGGUCUGCUGAUGUGUGUGACACUACAGCGCCACAAGCGAGGUCGUCUCAUCUCACUGGUGCUCAUCAGUGUGGGCUUCCUGGCCUCUCUCACCGGUGGAGUUAUCACCAGUGCUGCAGUGGCAGGUGUGUAUCGGGUGGCAGGGAAGGACAUGGCACCGUUGGAAGCUCUGGUGUUCGGCGUGGGCCAGACCAUAUUUACUGUCAUCAUCUCAUUCUCAUGGAUCUUGGCCACGCUCUGAAUGGACAGGCUUAUCGACUGACGCACUCAACAGCCAACUGGCCAUCAGAAGAUGCGGGAACAAGAAAAAGUGGGUUGGGUCGAGGUGAGUGGGGUGAAACCACAGAUGUGUGACCUGUCGUAGAAGCAGAUAUGCUUUGGUUUUCGCUCAUAGCCUACGGACGACUAUAAAACCCAGUGGAACAUUUCAGAGAAUCAUAAAGCUCAAAUAGCUCAAGCAAAAACAGCACUGGAGAUGUUCAAAUGCCAAACACAGUCAACUCGAUCAACGGGACAAUUGCCUCAAUGGUGGAGGAUUGAGAAGACGACUCUUUGGAUGUUUGUUCGUCGUCUUCGCUUAACAUUUGUAUUGUUUUUGCACAUGGAUUGUUGCAGCUUUAAGUAAACUGCAUUGGAGUUGCAUAUCUAUUGAUCUAUCUAUCUAUCAAUAUAUCAAUUGAUCGAAUGAACGAACGACUGAAAAAGAAAAUGGCUUCCAUUUUGCACUUUCUACAUGUUGAAAAUGGUCUUAAAAGUAUGAUUGCCAUUUAACGUUACGCUGGGGUGCUGUUUAACAACAAUAUGGACCUUAAUUGAAGGAGGCUGUAAUCCAGUCUCAAUAAACCAAUAUUAACUAAUGCUCAAUGGAAUAAUGCCUUUUUACACAUGCAAACAAUCCAAUAUGGUGUUCAUUCUGGUGUUUAUUCCAAUUUCAGUUUUAGAACAAAUCGAAAUCAGAUUUCUGAAGUCUGUAUGGCCUGUGACCUCUUUGACAAGCACUAUUUUGGUUUGAUGUAAUCCAUCGUUUGGAUUAUAUCUUAGGUAAAUUGCCCUUCAAGUGUUCAAAUCUAUUAUCUCAUCCUUGUAAAAAAAAUUAUUUCACCGUGAGUCAUUAUGUAGGAUCCUGUUUUAUCCAGCAUUACUGUGGCAAUACUCUCCCUGCUCGUAUAUGGGAACUUUAAACCUCAGGCCUUAAAAGACAUUGGUGUACAUCCUGGACUCGUUCUCCACAGUUUAAGAGACUUGUGUACGUCUCUUUGGCUCUGUCGUCUGUUAAUCUGAAUAGUGUGACUUGUAAUAGAAAUGCACCAAUAUUUAAAUACCCUCAUGUUGUUACAAACCCAUACGAUCAUGUGGAAGUUCACAUUGAUGCCAUAUUGAAAAUGGUCGCUCGUGAGUUUUUGCCAAGAGUUCUGAUGUGUGAAACUGCAAAUUACAUCGUUAAUAAUUUGCCUUCCAUACAUUUCCAGGUUGCUGGUGGACAUUCCCAAAACAGUCCAUUUACUACAGUUCUGUAUAGAUCAGGAGAGAGUGUUUUGGUGUUAAAGUGUUGAAUAGAGAAUUAUUUGGUCUGUUUUAUAUACCAGUACUGCCAUUAUGAUCUGUUGGUUGAAUACUAUUCAAAUGUUUCAAACAUAAGCUUUUGGACGCUUGUUUUUAGUCUCUAUUUAAUGCAUUUUAGAGGUGUUUUAAUGCAGUAUAGUGCAUUCAUAAUUAUUUAAUAAUAACCAUUGGAUACUCUCAUAAAUAAUUAUGAGACCACAGUUGUAUUAAUAAUUAGAUUUAGUUAUUAUUAAAAUAUCAUAUACUAUUAUAUUAUAAUAACCUUUCUAUCAGGAAGACUCACAGACUUGAGUGAAAUUUAAGAUGGCAUUUAUUUGAUGAAUAUAAAACAGAAAUGUAAUGUCUCUCUCUUUGGCGUAAGCCCCGUCUGGCAGUCCGAAGAAGUUGUACUCGGAACCAUCAUAUCCUGCCGGAGAUAGGAGGCAUGGGCGAGGAGCCUACCCCCGUGCGGGACGGGACUCGACAGGUGGUGGUGGGGUGGUGGAGGUUGCAGUGUUAGCACACUGAAACAGCAAUGUGAUAGAUUGUGAGCAGACUUAUAAAGCAAUGGCUUACAUGUGAUUGGCUAGGAGUUACGUAGCUAAUGGUGCGAUGAUGUACAGCUGCUAGUCUUCCCGCUAGAACUACGCAGCGCUUACAUUUAAAGUGCAUUUUAACACAUGAUUAAAACCACAAUUCAAAUUUACCCAAAGUUAUAUCCCGUUUGAUCUCAAAAGUGUUACGAUUAAUAUGUAAUUGCUAUAAUAUAUUUAUUAUUAAUUAAAAAUAUAUAACAAAUUGCAAUGUUUAUUAUAUGGCAUUACUCUAUAUGUAUAACAUACAAUGCAUUAAAACCCUUUAAAAUGCAAUAAAUAUGCAGGUCUCAUAGAUAGUGUUAACAUUUUUGAAACAAACGAACAAACUAAUUCGAAGAACCAAUUACACUCAAUCUAUUUUAUUUUGAAGUAUAACUUUGAAGCAUUACUUACGUUUUCCAUAGCAUGUGCGCCGUCUCUCAAUCUCAAAACUGGCAUUUUCAUAUCUUUCAGUAUCUGAGACCAAACUCCACCUGUUUAUACAUGCAUUUUUAAGCAUUACAAAACAGCAUAUUCCACAUGUAUUUGUUUAUUAACAGUUCGUUCCAUGUGUUGCUAUUGUGUCAAAGCAAAUAAGAGGUGAUGGUCAGUUCAAAACUAUGUAUUGACAUCUAUAGUCGCUGAUACGCACAGAACCAUUGCUCUGUUCUAUAGUCAGACACAUUAAUGUUUAUUUAAGCCAAAGUUUUUCUUAUAGAUUCAGCUUUACUACUUAUUUAAUUGAAUAUAUAUAUUUUUAAACAAUUUUAUAUUAUGUGUUUUUGCAUAUAGCGUUAAUUCAUGAACGAGAAAAAAAGGUGUAUGGCUGUUUUUCCCUUUUGUUGAUACUGUGAAACAUCUUCAGAUGUUAUGUGAUUCUUUUAAGGUUUUGAUGAGGGCAUUGGACGUUAUUGCAAUUUAUUCCAGUUCAUUUCCAAUCUUAUGCAACUAGUAGUUCACUUGAAGUACCAGACCAGCACUGAAGGGGGCGCAAGAGGACUGUGAGGGAGUGUUAAAAGGCAUAAGAAAUUAAUGAUUGUAGCUCUGGUCUGCAGAAAUAAGCAGACUUAAUUUAAAAUCUCUCUCUCUCUCUCUCUC